AUGCCAGAGGAUUAUCCAGAUCAGUUUGAUGAGGUAGUGGACUUUAUUCAAGCCAUCAUUAAAAGACUGAGGAGGUCGCUGGAUAAACAGACUCCAAUUUUUUCUAGGUGGGAAAGAAACCAGCAAAACGCAGCCACAAACAUAGAGAAUUCCAGCAAAAAGGGAAGGAGGAAUCAAAAGGGAAAAAAUCGAGGAUGUGUCUUAACAGAAAUACAUUUAAACGUGACUGACUUGGAUUUGGGAUAUGAAACCAAAGAAGAGCUAAUUUUCCGGUAUUGUAGUGGAUCUUGUGAUGCAGCCGAGACCACAUAUGACAAAAUUUUAAAAAAUUUAACCAGAAAGAAAAAACUAGUCACUGACAAAGUAAGGCGAGCUUGUUGCAGACCCACAGCCUUUGAUGAUGACCUGUCCUUUUUAGAUGAUAACCUGGUUUACCACAUACUGAAAAAACAUUCUGCAAAAAGGUGUGGAUGCAUCUGA